GAGCCUGAGGAAACGGAAGAGAAGGCAGAGGAGGAGGAAGCGGCGAAGGUAGAGACGGAGGAGCCAACAGACGUUGCAGGCGAGGGUGCCGAGGCUGUGCAGGAAGAGGCGGCAAAGGGUGAGUCCGAAGAAAAGGAUGCCGAGGAGAAGGCAGAGGAAGAACAGGAGGAGACUCCGGAGGAAGAGACGAAAAAGGAGGAGGCCGAAGCCGCACCCAUGGACGACAAGGAGGAAGAGAAGGAUGAAAUGUCAGCCUUCCUGGAGGACAUCGAGCAGAUAGAUGAGGCCAAAGGCAAAGAGGCAGUGGCUGAGACUGCGGCUGCGGAACCUGACAAGGAACCGGAGGAGGAUGUCAGCAUGGAGGUAUGCGAAGAGGCUGCAGCUGAG